AUGCAGCCAUUGAAGGGUGCACUGGAGUUUUCCACCUCACCCGCCCGGUUGAUCUCACUGGAAGUCAUGACCAAAAGAGCAGUGAAGCAAGUCGUAUACACUUCCGGUUCAGCCACUGUGAUGUUCAACCACAAAGAUCAGGGAACGACUGAUGAGAGUACUUGGACUGAUUUGGAUUUCUUUAGGUCUUUGAACACUGGUUAUUCUCAUGUGGUUGUUAAGGCAAAAAUUGACAGGGUGGCUUGGGAAUUUGCUGAAGAACAUGGAUUUGAUCUUGUUACUGUUGUUCCUCCUUUAGUUCUUGGGCCCUUCAUAUGUAACAAUUUCCCUGGCAGUGUUCAUGGGACUGUCUUUGAUCUUAGGCAGCUUUACACCUAUGACCAAGGUUACAUUUUCGCUUAUGGGGACGAUGACAUGGAAAAGUAG